AUGGGACUAACCACUUUGGCUAGCGGAGUGGCGACUGUAACUGCAGUGGCCGUUGUCGUUUCAUUGGUGACAGUCGUCUAUAUCGUCAACGAUAUCAACACCUUCUACGAUGACGUUAUCUCCGAACUCGACGGCUUCAAAGACCUCGCCAACUCCGCAUGGCACGAAAUGAGAUCAACCCCUGGAAUGACUCGAGAUAAGCGUGCAGUGUUCGUGAAGCGCAGACAAUCUAGCUACAGCUCAGGAGGAGGCACGGGAGGUGGCGGAUCACAAUGCAAUUGCGGUCAGCAAGCCAGCGGCUGCCCUGCAGGACCACCUGGACCUCCUGGAGAACCCGGACUACCGGGUGAGGAUGGACUACCUGGACAAGCUGGAAUGCCAGGAAAUGCCGGCGGCAGCGGUGGUGGCGAGAAUGGAGGCGGUUGUAUCUCGUGUCCGGUUGGACCUCCAGGACCACCAGGACCAGACGGAGGGCCCGGACCAGCUGGACCAGUUGGAAACCCUGGAGCUCCUGGAGGCGGAUCUGGGCUCUCACCACCUGGACCUCCUGGACCACCAGGAGACGCCGGACAACCCGGAAGUGAUGGUCAACCUGGAGCUCCCGGCCAGCCAGGAGCACCUGGAACCAGUGGAGCAGGAUUGCCAGGACCACCUGGUCCUCCAGGACCUGAUGGAACGCCAGGACAGCCAGGUCAGGAUGGCAGUGCCGGUGGCGGUAGCCUGCCCGGACCACCAGGGCCACCUGGACCAGAUGGAAACCCAGGGCAGGCUGGACCUCCCGGAGCUCCUGGAGCGCCUGGUAACGAUGCUGGGCCUAGUAAUGAUGGUGGAUACUGUCCAUGUCCUCCACGGAACGGAAAUGGUUAUGCAGGCGGCAAUGGUGGAGGUGGUAACGGCGGAGCCGGUAAUGGCGGAAGCGGUAGCGGCGGAGUAAUUGGAGGAGGCAGUGGUAUGGGUGGAGUUGGCACAAGUGGCUACAGUGGUGGACCAGCUAGACGACACCGGAAGCGCCAUGGUUCCAGCAAGAAGCGAGUGGUCAGAAGAAAAGCAGCAAAGAGGGCUUGA